AUGGAUGUGAUCGACCCUUCGUUGUCCUCCCAGUCCGCGCAAAGGGAAUGCCUGCAGGCGGCCAUGCACGCGGGCAUGCACGCGGUCAGUCCCAAGGACAAAGUGCCGUCGCAGUCGCCCGAAUCCGUCGCCAGGGAUCGUCGCCAUCAGAAGCACCGUCGCCAGAUCCUAGGCUCCCGCCACGGCACGCCCGCGCCCAUCCAUCCAUCCGUGCUCGAGUCGCGAGCGUCUGGCCCUCCCUCGCUCACCGUUGAUUCCGCUUUAGUCAAACUCGCAGCGGAAGGGGGGGCCGAAGCUGAAGCGGCGUCGAAUUCUUGGGACGGCUUCUCGUUCCCCGCCACGCCGAGCACCUGCGAUGGCGAUCUUUCGCCCACGUUUUCGCCCAGGGUUUUCUCGCCUGGUGGAAACAUUUCGCCUCAUGGUUCUUCGCCUGCCUUUUCGCCAAGAAUUCCAUCGCCGCGGUUACCAUCUGGCGCAGCUGCGCAAGGAGCCGCUCCUGGCAAUGGGCGCGCAAUGGAGAGCCAACGGCGCGCGUUUCCUGGGUCUCGACGUGGCGCCGUGCCGCCGACUCGCCUGCAGCGCGACGCGGCGCUCGUCGGCUCUCCACGCGGCGACGCGUCAACUUCCUCCAAGGCGCAAGAAUCGCAGAAUCUCGUCGCGCCGAACGUUCUGAGCGCAGUUCGUCCGUCAGCGACGCACCGCGAUUAUUCGCAAGCCGAGCGGGCGGCGUUCCAAGGUACCCCUGAGGCAAGUGCUUUCCAUUCCGGCGGUUACGCCGGUUCUCCUGCCAGCCGUGGCCCGCUCGCUCGCGUUCGGCCUGCCGCCUCCACAGCAGCAGGGGAAGCCCAAGGCAUGCAAAUGCGCGGGCCACGCCCGCCGUCGCUCAUCCUGCCCUCUCAAUGCGCCCCCCACGCGUCCCCUGGCACCUCCACCACCCGCGCUGCCGUCAGGGCCCCGCAGGCCGUCAAUGGCCGUUUCGCCGCGGCCGCUGUCUCCCCCACCGCGUCUGCUGACUCCGCUGCUUCCUCGCCUUCCUCAUUCGCCUCCUCCCCCCCCACUCCCUCUCCGACCGCUGCUGCUGCCAGCCCCUCUGCCCACCUGCUCGCCUCCCCCUGCGCGGAAUCUCCAAAGCUGCUACACCCGCGCUCUCCUCACGCUGCCCCUUCCCCUCCUUCCUCCGCCUCCGCAUCUCCGCGCUUGCUCCAGGCGUCCCUUAUCAGCUGCCACGUGGCGGCGUCGGAGCGCAUUAAGAACGUGGUGGUGCUGAUGAUGGAGAACCGCUCGUUCGAUCACGUGCUGGGCUGGCUGCAGCCCCGCAACGCCGAGAUCGACGGCCUCGAUGGCUCCGAGUGCAACCCCAUCGUCGCCAAGGCCCGCGCCGCCGACCCGCCGGCCCCAUCAAGCGACCCGGGCGAUUCGGGCGAGUCGAGCCUGUCGGGUGAUUCGGCUGGCGGGGGCGAUUCGGGCGAGUCGAGCGUGACGGGAAAUUCGGCUGGCGGGGUGACGUUCGAGCAAGUGUGCAUUAACGAUAGAGCGCGGUACAACUGCAGCGAGGACCCCGACCACUCGUUCAAGGGCGUUCGCAAUCAAAUCUUCGGCGGGAAAUUGGUAGCUAAGGCCUCUUCGCGGCUUAUGCGGGGAUUCGCGCAGCAGGCGGAGGAGGUGCGCGAGGGGUUCUCCGCGGAGGUGAUGGCCGCCUUCCCGCCGGCCGCGCUCCCCGUGACCACCGCGCUCGCCACCAACUUCGCCGUAUGCGACCGCUGGUUCUCGUCCGUACCGGGCCCCACCCAUCCCAACCGCUACUUCCUGCACGCCGCCACGUCCAAGGGGCUCCUGGCGGAGCGCAAGCCCGUGCUGCUCGCGGGCUUCCCCGCGCGCACCAUAUUCGACGUCCUCUCGCGCAACGGCGUGUCGUUCGGCAUUUACUACCACGACAUCCCCGCGUCGCUCGCGCUCUCCUCGCUGCGCCGGCGGAAGCACGCGCGCAGGUUCCGCCCGAUCGAGAUGUUCUACGCGCAGGCGCGGCUGGGGCGGCUGCCCGCGUACUCGUUUCUCGAGCCGCAGUACUUCGACUUCACGCGCCAGCCGGGCAACGACGACCAUCCAGGGCACGACGUGCGCCACGGCCAGCAGCUGAUUAAAGACGUGUACGAGGCGCUGCGCGCCGGGCCGCAGUGGCGCAACGCGCUGCUGAUCGUGACGUACGACGAGCACGGCGGGUUCUUCGACCACGUGCCUCCGCCCAUGGCGGGUGUGCCGGCCCCCGACGGCAUGCUGGGCGAGGAGGACGGCUUUAACUUCCGCCGCCUCGGCGUGCGCGUGCCCACCUUCGUCAUCUCGCCCUGGGUCGACAAAGGCAUGGUCAUCCACCGCCCGAGAGGGCUGUACUCGACAUCGCAGUUUGACCACACGUCGGUGGCGGCGACACUGAGGGACGUGUUUGGGCUGACCUCCAAGAAGGACGUGCUGACGGCCAGGGACGCCUGGGCGGGCUCGCUCAUGCCCUUCCUCUCCCUGCGCUCCUCACCCCGCACUGACUGCCCCUGGACGCUGCCCCCGGUGACGUCAAUGAGCACAGCGGUGCCCUACUCAUACAACGGCAGUGCGGUGCUCUCAGCGCUACAGCAGGACAUGGUGGCCAUCGCUGCCGCGCUCACCCCCCUGCGCAUCCCCCCCGGCGCCAUCGACUCGUUCGUGAGCUCCAUGCUGCAGAACGAGGCGGGCGCCUUCGUGCGCGCUGCUGUCACUCAAUUCCUGCUGCAGCAGGGCGCUGGGGACGACGGGGGCGAUGGGGGGGAUGAUGGGGGGGACGGGGGGAGUGGAGGGGCGGGCGGGCAAAUGCAGGUGAUGGCGUGUGACCGAGGCAAGUGGUGGUGCCGCGCUGUGGAGUGCGCGAUUCGUGCGCAUUCCUCGGGCAUCGCGGGGAUGCCGCGCGGCGCCAUGCGCGUGGAGGGCGACGACCGCGGCCUGCCCGACACGAAGCGCUUCCUCGCGCUGCUCGACGCGCUCCGAGCCGGCGUCCCCCCGGCCGCGGACGGCGCGGCAUAUGGCGACCCCGAGCGCCACGAGCUGUCGCUGGCGGCGGAGCUCUUUGAUUGGUCGAAGCCGCUGGUGGUAACCAGAGCGCCCGGCCGUCUGGACGUCAUGGGCGGCAUUGCUGACUACUCCGGCUCGCUUGUGCUUCAGAUGCCAACAGCAGAGGCGUGCCACGUGGCCAUUCAGGUCAUCCGCGCGCCCCCCUCCGCCCCCUCCGCCCCCUCCGCCCCCUCCGCCCCUGCCACGCCCCCUGCGCCUCCCCCCUCACUGCGAAUCGUGUCCCUCUCCGCCGCCGCCAACCACCGAGUGCCCUCCGUCUCCCUGCCCCUCGCGCGCCUGCUCCCCGGCCUCUACGCCUCUCCCCCCCACUCCGCGCCCUGCGCCCUCGACUAUGCCUCCGCCCACGCCCUGCUGGCGGGGGGGCCAGCCACGGGCGGUGGGGGGGAGGAAGGGGCAGCACAGGCGGGAGAGUUGGGAAAGGAAGGUGGAGAGCCAGGGGGAGGGGAAGGGGCAGGCGGAACGCGGUGGGCAGCAUAUGUGGCAGGGGCGCUGGUGGUUCUGGCCAGGGAGAGACAGGCGGACUUCCGCCAGGCGUGGAUGGGCGGAGAGGAACAGGGGCAGGCACAGGGGGAAGGGCAGGGGGAAGGGGGCGGGGGCGGGGGUGGGGUGGAGGGGAGAGUGGAGGGGGUGGCGGUGGUGGUGGCAUCGGAUGUACCGGAGGGCGUGGGAGUGGCGUCAUCAGCAGCGGUGGAGGUGGCCAGCAUGACAGCCCUCGUGCAUGCUCUGGCCAUGCACGUGCCCCCCUGGCACCUCGCCCGCAUGUGCCAGAUCGUGGAGAACAGGGUGGUGGGAGCGCCCUGCGGUGUCAUGGACCAGAUGGCCGUCACCCUCGCGCGCCCCGUGUCGCUGCUGGCGCUGCUGUGCCGCCCCGCCACCGUGCACGGCUGCCUGCCACUGCCCUCGCACGUGGAGCUGUGGGGCAUUGACUCGGGUGCGCGGCACAGCGUGGGGGGCGCGGGGUACAGCGGUGUGCGCGCAGCGGCGUUCAUGGGGCUCACACUCAUCAACGCCGGUAGACGGCAGAGCACGGAGGAUGAUCAGGAGGGCGCCACUGCAGCACCGCAUGUUACCACAUCGACCGCAACGCCGCCGCUGUCAUGCCUCUGUGAACUGGACCCGCACAGCGUGCCCCUACUGGAGCGCGUGCUGCCCCUCACCAUGCAGGGCAGCGCGUUCCUCGCGCACCAUGCCUCCCACGGCGACCCCGUCACCACCGUGGCUCCCGAUAGCCAUGGGAGCUACACGGCGUGCGGGCUGGGGUCGCCCGCUACCGACCUCAUAGUCGCCCUCGCCCGCACUCACAUGGGGCCGCAUGGACCGCUGUGGGGCGCCAAGAUAACGGGGGGAGGCAGUGGGGGCACGGUGUGUGUGCUAGGGGACAGCACGGCAGCAGCGCAGGCAGCGGUGGACGACGUGUGCCGCCGCUUUCAGAGCGCCACGGGCCAUCGCCCACACCUCUUCCGCGGCUCCUCGCCCGGCGCCGCUCACUUCGGCCACCUCGUCCUGCACCCGCCCUAG